UUGUGGCCCAGUGCUGACAGGAAGAAAUGUUUUCCAGGAGACUUACUGAUUCUGACCUUCUACUGUCACUGCUCUUAGUUCUCCACUCCCUAAGCAGGCUCGGGAUCUGGUUGUUCUUGCAGCCCUUAGCGCUGCAGAAAUGAAGUGCCCAUUUUCACGGAAAGAACGGUGCUAAUCAUAUCUUGAGCAGAUGAUGAAAUGACCUCUUUAAGGAGUGAGGGCAGAAAGACAAGUUUAAUGAAACACUGGGCUUUGGAGCCGCACAUUUCCCCCAGUAUGCUGGAAGAGAAGACCACGAUUCAUGAGCCCACCUGCAGGAUUCUGCCACUCUCAUGGAUUGUCCUGAAGCCAGGAAGGGACUACUACUCAGCUGUGUGCCUGGCCCCUUAUCACAGUUUGCGGGAAGUGCUGCAGUUGAAGCUUCAGCAGCGCCGGACACGGGAAGAACUGGUGAGCCAAGGGAUCAUGCCGCCUUUGAAAAGUCCAGCUGCAUUUCAUGAGCAGAGAAGGAGCUUGGAGCGGGCCAGGACAGAAGACUAUCUGAAACGGAAGAUUCGAUCCCGUCCGGAGAGAUCAGAGCUGGUCAGAAUGCACAUUUUGGAAGAGACCUCAGCUGAGCCUUCCCUCCAGGCCAAGCAGUUGAAGUUGAAGCGCGCCAGACUGGCUGAUGACCUCAAUGAGAAGAUUGCACAGAGGCCUGGCCCCAUGGAGCUGGUGGAGAAGAAUAUCCUGCCUGUGGAGUCCAGCUUGAAAGAAGCUAUCAUAGAGGGCCAGGUGAAUUACCCGAAAGUAGCGGACAGCUCUUCCUUCGAUGAAGACAGCAGCGAUGCCUUGUCCCCUGAACAGCCUGCCAGCCAGGAGUCCCAGGGUUCAGUACCGUCACCCCUAGAAGCCCGAGUCAGUGAGCCACUGCCCAGUGCCACUUCUGUGUCCCCCACUCAGGUUGUGUCUCAGCUCCCUGCGGGCUCAGAUUCUGGAGAAACACUUUUCCUGGCAGAGCAGCCUCUUCUGCCUCCCAGCCUCACCAAUGGAGCCACUGUCCCCACUGCCAAGCCCGCCCCCAUGCUCAUUAAGCAAAGCCAAGCCAAGGCUGCCAGUGAGAAGCCCCAGCGCAGCAAGAAAACCAAGGAGCUGAAGCCAAAGGUGAAGAAGCUCAAGUACCACCAGUACAUCCCCCCGGACCAAAAGCAGGACAAGGGAGCGCCCCCCAUGGACUCCUCCUACGCCAAGAUCCUGCAGCAGCAGCAGCUGUUCCUCCAGCUCCAGAUCCUUAACCAACAGCAGCAGCAGCACUACAACUAUCAGACCAUCCUGCCCGCACCCCCAAAGCCAGCAGGCGAGGCUCUGGGGAGCAGUGGGGCCCCCCCGAUGCGCAGCCUCUCCACCAACAGCGUCAACUCCAGCUCAGGUGGCCCUGGGCCCAGCGGGCUAGCCCGUCAGAACAGCACCUCACUGGCUGGCAAGCCGGGAGCCCUGCCCGCCAACCUGGAUGACAUGAAGGUGGCCGAACUGAAGCAGGAACUGAAACUGCGGUCACUACCUGUCUCAGGCACCAAGGUAGACCUGAUCGAGCGCCUGCGCGCCUACCAAGACCAAGUCAGCCCCUCCCCAGGGGUCCCCAAGACUCCUGCCACCGCUUCCAUCCUGCCCAAGGCCGGCGAGGUGGUGGUGGCCUUCCCAGCGGCGCGCCUCGGCACGGGGCCUGCCCUCGUGGCUGCAGGCUUGGCCCCGGCCGAGGUGGUGGUUGCCACAGUGACCAGCAACGGGGUUGUGAAAUUUGGCAGCACAGGCUCCACGCCCCCCGUGUCUCCCACUCCUUCAGAGCGUUCACUGCUCAGCACGGGCGACGAGAACUCCACUCCCGGGGACACAUUUGGCGAGAUGGUGACAUCACCGCUGACCCAGCUCACUCUGCAGGCCUCCCCACUGCAGAUCCUCGUGAAGGAAGAGGGCCCCCGGGCUGGGUCCUGCUGCCUGAGCCCUGGGGUGCGGGCAGAGCUGGAGGCCCGGGACAAGGACCAGAUGCUGCAGGAGAAGGACAAGCAGAUUGAGGAGCUGACACGCAUGCUGCGGCAGAAGCAGCAGCUGGUGGAGUGGCUCAGGCUGCAGCUGGAGCAGGAGAAGCGGGCCCAGCAGCCAGCCCCGGCCCCAGCCCCAGCCGAAGCCCCAGCCUCGGUCACUCUGGGCACCCCAGUGAAACAGGAAAACAGCUUCUCCAGCUGCCAGCUGAGUCAGCAGCUCCCUGGCCCCUCUCACCCCUUCAGCCCCAGCCUGACAGCCCCCACUCCCCACCACGCAGACCCAUGUGCCCCGGUGCCCCCGGCCCUGGUGGUGAAGCAGGAAGCUGUGGCAGUGAAGCUGGAAGCUGUGAUGGUGAAGCAGGAAGCCGUGCCCCCUGAGCCUGAGCCUGAGCCUGCGCCUGCACCUGAGCCUGCUCCCCAGCCACUUCUGGGCCCACAGAGCCCCAGCCUAGUCAAGGGGGUCAUGCCUCCCACCCUCAUCACGGACUCCACGGGGACCCACGUCAUUCUCACCAUGAGCUACAAGGAUGCAGAGAGCCCCCAACAGCCUUUGUCCCAGCCUGGUUCUCCAGCCGCUGGCCCACCAGCCCAGAUGGACCUGGAACACCCCACACAGCCCCUCUUUGGGACUCCAGCUUCUCUGCUGAAGAAGGAGCCGCCUGGCUAUGAGGAAGCUGUCAAUCAGCAGCCUAGACAGCAGGAAAAUGGUUCCUCGAGCCAACAGAUGGAUGACCUGUUUGACAUUCUCAUUCAGAGUGGAGAAAUUUCAGCAGAUUUCAAGGAACCCGAGAAAGCGAAGUCCUCUUCAACUGCUGCCUGUGAGUCCCCCCUGGCUGCACAGUCCCCACCCUCCACAGAGCAACCCCAGGCCACCCCACCCGCCUCGGGCUGGCCCACCCUCCCCGGACGCCUGGAGGACUUCCUGGAGAGCAGCACAGGGCUGCCCCUGCUGACCGCUGGGCACGAGGGGCCUGAGUCCCUCAUUGACGACCUCCACAGCCAGAUGCUGAGCAGCUCUGCCAUCCUGGACCACCCCCCCUCCCCCAUGGACACCUCAGAAUUGCACUUUGCCCCGGAACACAGCAGCAUGGGCCUGGACCUGCCUGACGGCCCCUUGGACAGCAUGGACUGGCUGGAGCUGUCAUCAGGGGGCCCUGUGCUCAGCCUGGCUCCGCUCAGCACCACAGCCCCCAGCCUCUUCUCCACAGACUUCCUGGACGGCCACGACUUGCAGCUCCACUGGGAUUCCUGCUUGUAGCUCUGAGCUGCAGGGACAGGAGGCAUGUGACACUCUCCUUGUGAUCCAGCCCCUCUGCUGAGUCGUGAGUCCUGACAAUCACAGGCCCGGCUGUCCUUCCCCUGGCUCAGAAUUGCCGAUGGGGUGCUGCUAAGCAGCUGUUCUGGGGGCCCUGGGGAGUUUCUAUUUUACCUCCUUUUGCGAGGUCAGAGGUGACCUGUCUGAUUGCAGUCUGGGUCAGGCAUACAAGGCCCAGAGCAUGGGGCGAAUCUCCCUCCUUCACCCCUUUCCUACAAGUGAAACAACUCCCUGGGCCUCAGGCUUCCUGGGAUGGGUGCCCUGCCAUCUGGUGUAACCAUAUAAUAGUUGGUGGCAGAUGUUUCUGUACAGGUGUAUAUACAUAUUCUAUAUCGCCAUACAUUAUAUAUAUAUAUAUAUAUAUACAUAUACAUAUAUUUUUGGGGAGCAGGAGGUGAAUGUGGCUCCUUCCUCUGCACAGACCUUAGGGCCUGGCGACAGCUCGCCCCACCCGUCACGUGUGUUUGACAUGUAGACAUCCUGCCACACACAGCCUGUACCCCACCCGCUCUGCUUCCUGUUCCUUAUCAGUGCCACGAGGGCAGAGGUGCCUCCUGGUUACCUGCCCACAUUCCAUCUCACUGCCUCACAGCAACCACCAUGACCCUGGGACAAGAGGGGCCAGUGGUGGCUACCUUCUGGCCUGUCACUUCACUCAUGGGGGGAGGGGGUAGGGAUGGAAUCACUAAAAGCAGUGCUGGGGAAGCUGUGUGAACUUUGUAAAAUAAAUACCAAAAACACUG